GGGCCGGCGCGGAGCGCUGAUUCGGCCGGAGCUGCCAGCUGGUGGCUGCUGCCGCGGCUUUAUUACAGCUGCUGGAGGGAGAAGCCAGCAGCGGCCCCGCGUCCCAGGGGCUCCCCGUUCCGGCUGGCUCCCCGCACGAAGAGCAGCGGGAAGGGGCGGCAGGAUGAACGUGGGCACGGCACACAGCGAGGUGAACCCCAACACACGGGUCAUGAACAGCCGCGGCAUCUGGCUCUCAUACGUGCUGGCCAUUGGGCUGCUCCACGUCGUGCUCCUCAGCAUCCCCUUCGCCAGCGUCCCCGUCGUCUGGACCCUCACUAACCUCAUCCACAACUUGGGCAUGUACAUCUUCCUGCACACGGUGAAGGGGACACCCUUCGAGACCCCAGACCAGGGCAAAGCCAGGCUGCUGACCCACUGGGAGCAGAUGGACUAUGGGGUCCAGUUCACAGCCUCGCGGAAGUUUCUGACCAUCACCCCCAUCGUGCUGUACUUCCUCACCAGCUUCUACACCAAGUACGACCAGGUCCACUUCGUUCUCAACACCGUAUCCCUGAUGACUGUGCUCAUCCCGAAGCUGCCCCAGCUGCACGGGGUCCGAAUCUUUGGGAUCAAUAAGUACUGAGGGGGCAGCCCCUGCCCUGCCCUGGAUGGCGGGGCGUGUGGAAGGCCGCAGCCGGGGCGCUGCCCGAAGAUGAGGAACUUCUGGAUGAUGCCGGAGCCGGGCCGGAGCCUCUGAGCCCCGGUCCCCCCCUCCCUGCCCCAGUAGCCGAUUCAAAGUAGCUUUUAGUGGGGUUGGGGUCGGGAUGGGCCCCCCCAGGGCGCUGACCUCUUCUAGUUCUUUGGAUCUCUUCCUUUUUUGCCUUUUGAAUAGAGACUCUGGGGAUGGGGAGGCCACGGGCCCAGCUGGACUCCCAGGCUGAGCACAGACCUGGGAGAUGACACAAGAGGGCCCAGGAAGCCCCGCUGCCCACUUUGCUCAUCCUCAGGCCACUAAAGCACUUUAACUCCUGCAAAGGGGAUGGUACAGCUUCUAGAACGUUCCACUUGGAUUCUGCCGUCUUAGGAUGACACUCGGUGGGCCGAUGUGGGGGAGCUUGUGGGGCUAAGAGACGUCCCCUCCAGGCCAUGCUGCGGGCAGCUCCUACACCCACCUAUGUCGGGUGAGGGGGAACGCAUGCUCCCCCAUUUGCCAUCCUGGCCCUGGGAGAGGGGGUGGGAAUUAGGGGUGCGUGGAGACUUAGAAGGGGUGUGUAUAGCUACAGAAGACUGGUGUGAAGGAGGAGGGUGGGGACAAGCUAGAGCGCCCCUCCCCUCUUUAGGACGUGGUCAGGGAUGGGGGCAGGUUUGGAGAAUCAGGUCUCCCACAGAAUGGAGUGAGGUACGAGGGAGUGGUGGGUUUGAAGCUCCAAAGAGGGGCACAAAGGACAGGUAUGAGAUCUUAGUCCUGCAGUACUUGGAGGCGCCUGGGAAGUGGACGGCCCUUCUGAGAACACCCUCUACCCCCAUGAGCAUAUGGGGGCCAUGAGAUCACCCCAAGCAUCGAGCUGUUGGGUCCAGGGUGGGCAGAGACCUUGCUCUUCCCUCCGCCUCCAGCUGCCUUUGGGAGCAAGGUUGGGGAGGCGCCUGGCCCCUUCCCAGAGCCCUCAGUGGAGGAGAGGGCACUGGUCCUAUUCUCUGCCUUGCCCCCCACCCCUAUCCCAUAGGGAACUUUCACCUCAAAAUCUUUCUAAGCUAAGUGUGAAUAGAAUUUUUACUCCCUUUGUACAGUGUUCUGAGAACCGCAAAUAAAGGAUAGCGUGUUCCUGC